UGUUGCCUUCUUAUGUCAAGUGAGAAGAGUGAAUUCAGAGAGGGUAAUUUCAACAAUUCUGUCGAAUUACUCUCUCUCUAUCUCCUCACAUCUGACUGGGUGGUGAGGUCUCCUUCCUCUCUCGUCCUUGUUUCCAUGGAGGCGUGAGUCUCACCUGCUACAGGCUAAUAUGUACGGCCUUUCCACGAUAGCUCUUGACUUCAAAAAAAGCACCCAUUUGCCAAUCUAGAGAGAGAAAGAGAAGGAGAUAGAGAGAGAAAACCCAAACUCAGAGUCAUGGAGAAGAUGUUCAAAAGGUAAACACAAAAUCCAAACAGGAAACGAGAGAGAGAAGGAUAAACAGAGAGAACCCAUAACCAGAGAGAAACCAGAAUCCAAACAGAAGAGAGAGGGAGGAACUGCCCAUGUCUUGAUUGAAGAGAGGGAGGAGCUCAAAUCCAAACUGAAAGAGAGAGAGUCCCGAUUUCUCAUUACAGAGGGAGAGUCACAAAUCCGAGCCUCCAUUUCUGUUUCACCCCAUGUUCUUCUCUUCGAUGAAGAAGCCAUUUGGAUCGCCAACCAGCAUGGGUUUCUUCAACGCCCUCAACGAAGAAGUCAUCAUCUUGAUUCUCCAAAAGCUCGAAGACCCCCUCGAUUUGAAAUCCUUCUCUCUCGUCUGCAAAUCCUUCUUCGCCAUUGAAGCUAAAAACCGCACCCACCUCCAACCCAUUCGCUCUGAGCUUCUACCCAAAACUCUCAAACGAUACCACAAAACCCUACAUUUGGAUCUUUCAUUUUGCCCAAGAAUUGCAGAUAGUUGUUUGCACACAAUCUCUCUAAUUUGCAGGUCCAAUCUUCUCUCUCUAAAUCUUUCUCACUCGAGGUUCUUUUCUCACUCUGGUCUCUCUCAAUUGAUCUUAAAUUGUGUUAACUUGGUGGAAAUCAAUCUAUCGAAUGGAACCCAUCUCACUGAUUCAGCAGCAGCUGCCAUUGCUAAAUUAAAGAAUUUGCAGAGUCUGAGAUUGACGAGGUGCAAGCAAAUCUCUGAUUUGGGUCUUGGAUGUAUAGCCGUUGGAUGUUCAAAAUUGAGGCUUUUGAGCCUCAAAUGGUGUUUGGGAAUCACUGAUAUGGGAAUUGGCCUUGUUGCUGUCAAGUGUAAGGAGAUUCGGAGCCUCGAUUUAUCAUACACGCAGAUUACGCAGGACUCUCUGGCUUCAAUCUUACUCUUGAAGGAUCUUGAAGACCUUUUUCUGGCUGGAUGUCACGGGAUAAAUGAUGACGGCCUUGUUACUUUGAAGAAGGGUUGUAGGUCCCUAAAGACUCUUGAUAUCUCAAACUGCCGGAACGUGACACACAUUGGCUUCUCGUCCCUCAUAAAUGGAGUGGCCUUCUUGGGGCGACUAACACUGGCUUACAGCACCGCUGUCAUAAAUGGCAUCAAUGAUUGCUUGAGAAGCCUUCCCAAAUUACAUACGAUCAAGUUAGAUGACAGCCAUGUCACAAGCUCAGGUUUGAAAGCCAUUGGUGAAUGUUGCCCAUUGCUAAGAGAGCUAAGCCUGAGUAAGUGCAAGGGGGUGAACGAUGAAGGGAUCUCUUCUCUUGCACCAAAAUGCAAAGAACUAAGGAAAUUAGACAUCACAUGUUGUGGAGAGAUAACCAAAAUCUCUAUAGCAAGUAUCUCACAGUCGUGCACUCGCCUCUCCUCUCUCAAGAUGGAGUGUUGUAGCCUUGUUUCUGGGGAGGCUUUUGUUUUGCUAGGACAGCGUUGCCAUUUCUUAGAAGAGGUGGAUUUCACUAGUAAUGAAAUAGAUGAUGAAGGCCUAAAGUCCCUAUCCAAUUGCUCAGAACUCAUUUGUCUAAAGAUUGGGAUUUGCUUGAACAUAACUGAUAAGGGGCUUAGCUAUGUUGGGAGUUCUUGCUCCAAGCUCCGAGAACUUGAUUUGUACAGAUCAAUUGGGAUCGCUGAUUCGGGGAUUGCAGCAAUUGCACAUGGUUGCCCAUCUUUGGAGAUGAUCAAUAUGUCAUACUGUACAGAAAUCACAAACUGUUCAUUGAUUUCUCUAUCAAAAUGUCAGAGACUAAAUGUCCUCGAAAUCAGAGGAUGCCAACAUAUUUCUUCUAUAGGUCUCUCAGCAAUUGCUUCAGGUUGCAGGCAUCUCACCAAGUUAGAUGUCAAGAAGUGCUUCUCUGUCGAUGAUUCCGGCAUCGUCCCAUUAGCUCGCUCAUCCCAUAAUCUAAGACAGAUGAACCUCUCAUAUUGUUCAAUCACGGAUGUGGGUUUGUUAGCAUUAGCAAGUAUCAGUUGCCUACAGAAUAUGACAGUCUUGCAUCUUAGGGGAGUGAGUGCAAAUGGUUUAGCAACUGCUCUGUUAGCUUGCAGCUGCUUAUCAAAAGUGAAGCUCCAUUCAUGCUUCAGUUCCUUGCUUCCUAGGCCUUUGAUUGAACACAUGGAAGCUAGAGGCUGUGAAUUCCAAUGGAGAAACAAACCUUUCCAGGUGGAGGAUGGAAUGGUGUUGGCAAUGAAGAAGAUGGGAUGAUAAUUUUCUUUUACUAUUUAGUGGCAAAGAGAGUGCCACUCUUAACUCAUGGGGACUUCUUACGCCCCCUUUGAAAAUAAUUAGAAGUCCAAAGAGUCUCUCUGUAGAAAUUGAGACCUGAGAGUCCGAGAACCCGAGACCAAGUAAAGGGAGAACGGAGAUCGAACAUAGCAUGAACAUCUCUCUCUCUAUCUCGUCUUCAGCCAAGGUGCACUAUAUAAGUCUCCCAAGAAGAAGUAGAGUAAAAAUGCUCUACAGAAGUCUUCUAAGAACAACUGGAGGAAAAAUGCUCUAUGGAGUCUCCGAAGAAGAGCUAGAGGAAAAAAGGCCAUUCUCUCUCUCUCUCAAGAAGAGCUAGAGGAAAAAAGGUCAUUCCCUCUCUCUCUCUCUCUCUGAGCUAGAGGAAAACAGGCCUUUCGCUCUCUCUCCUGGCAAAAGCCGGAUUCUUUUAUUGCUUCUCGCUUUGUUUGUGGCUCUUCCCUUUGUACAUGUAAAAGGGAUUCCUCUUGAUUUAUCAAUUCAUUGACCCAGUAGUUUGGUUGUGUCUAAAAUUUAAAAGUAACAG